CGACGCGGUGGGCGGAAGUAACAUGGCGCUGCCUAUUGGUGUGUCAGACGGCUGUUAGGAUUGUCCUGUUGCUCCGAGGCUGCGUUUGUUUGCACAGGUGCUGCUGAAUAGGAUUGGCCCAAGAGUCCGUAAGGAAACCCUACACUAGCCAGACAGACACAAUGCCGAGCUGUAUAGUCCAGAACUGUGGCAACACCAGCCACAAGGCCUCUGAGAAAGGACUCAAACUGCACCCGUUCCCCACUACCCUGGAGAGGAUCAAGCUGUGGCUCCGGGUCAUUCCCCAGAGGUUUGAGGAUUUGGAUUCCUUUGCGCAGCAGAUUUUAGACGCCAAGAAGACCAAACCCUAUCGCGUCUGCUCCCAGCAUUUCACCAAGGAGUGUUACGUCUACAUGAGCGGGAAGCCCUUUUUAUCCCAAAAUGCCGUCCCCUCUGUUUUCAACUCCGCCCGCUCCCCGCCGGCCAAGCGCUUCUGCAUGGAUCCGGCGCAUGUCGGCUUGAAGGAAAAACCGGCGUGUGUCGACGUUAGCACUCGCACGGACAUAUACAACUUCGGCAAGGACCGGGGCACUCAGUUUGAUCGUUACUAUGGAGUGAAGAGCAGGAAGGUCGCCACGGAACCCAAGAGCUUCACCAGGGACGUGGCCACAUUCACCGACCCACGGAUACAAACGGCCGAGCCGCAGAUCAGCAGCUGGGAGAAGAAGCUCAAGGUCAUCACCCCGAGGCCGUCAGUCAGUACUGUGGAUAAAGGGUCACAGUGCCCCAAGUAUGAUUUCUGCAGGAACCAGAGCGCACACUUCAACGUCGGCCCCUCCUACAAAGAUCUGAUGGGAAUGUCAGAAGGUCGCACUUACACAGUGAUGGGGAACAAGGAUAAAAAUCAGCGAAAUGAAAAGAUCCUGAAUCUCACAAUGGAGAUUAUCUAUCUGCUGACUGGAGAGGACUUUAUGGUUAUGAAAAGGUCUCCUAACGGCUUCCCAGAGAGGUGCAGCGACUGUAUGUCGGAGGGGCCCUGCAGGCGUCACACCCCAACUGUGUCUCAUUCAUUCCACUCUGUGACCAAUGAGAAACUGGUCCUGGAACUCAUCUCCAACAUCAUCCAGCUGCUGACUGGAGAGGAAUGGGAGAAUUUAAAAGAUUUUAACAAGGCCCUUUACAGGGAAGGGAUAAAGGAGGAGGAGGAGCCCCAGCAGCUCCGCCCACUGAGUUGUCGCUAUGAAGAUAUGAGGAACAAUUCAGUUCAUCUCCAAGCAACGGUGCGCACCAAUCCCGUCACAAACAGGAGGGGAACCAAAAGGGCAGCAAGUGCCCCCCUACAGCCCCCAGCAGCCGUUGUUAUUAAGGAGGAGCCGACUGAAUGGGACGUAGGAGAUUAUUCCCACUGUAGCGCUGCUGAUACACUUCCUGGUGUUACAGGGACACAUACAGCUGCUUUGGGAUGCAACCAAAAUAUCAACACUACGACCAUUAAGGAAGAGGCAGCUUCAUGGAAAGAAGAAAACCAAUCAGAUUGCAGCAUUAACCCAUUUGCAGAACAGGGAACAGACACACCUACUCUGAUUAUGGGGUGCACGGUCUCUACUAUGACUAUUAAGGAGGAGCCUGAUUCAUGGGAAGGAGAAAGCCAAUCAGAUUGCAGCAUUAAUCCCCUUACAGAACAGAUACAGGGAACAGACACACCUACUCUGAUUAUGGGGUGCACGGUCUCUACUAUGACUAUUAAGGAGGAGCCUGAUUCAUGGGAAGGAGAAAGCCAAUCAGAUUGCAGCAUUAAUCCAUAUACAGAACAGGGAACAGACACACCUCUGAUUAUGGGGUGCACGGUCUCUACUAUGACUAUUAAGGAGGAGCCUGAUUCAUGGGAAGGAGAAAGCCAAUCAGAUUGCAGCAUUAAUCCAUAUACAGAACAGGGGACAGAUGCACCUACUUCCAUCACGGGGAGCCGCCAUGAUUAUAUAGCAAAUACUAUAAAGAGGGAAGCAGCAUUAUACGAAGGGGGGAACCAUUCUGACUACAGCAAUAAUCCAUGUAGAGAACAGAUACAGGGAACCGGAGAACCGAGUUUUAGAACUGGAUUCAUCCUGAAGAACAGCUAGUCGGGAAUGCACUGCAUAUAAUAUAUAUAUAUAGUAAAAUAAAUGCUUCCGGGACAGAAUCAACGAGAAAAAUGCAACGCGGCCCAUUUCCCUAAUGCGAGAGGAAUUCCGAGACAGACCCUAAUUUUUUGUUCUGUUUGUGGUAAAUGUUUAACCCACUUUGGAGCAGAUGAACGACACUUGGUCUGUAUUGUAUAGAGGGGCUUAGUGACCCCUCGGAUAGAAAGCCUGGAGCUAAACUUGCAAAUAAACCCCCCACACAUUUA